GUGGGCGGGGCACUGAAAUGGAGUCAGCCAAUGCCUGCCGCACUACGCGCAAUCACCAAUGGCGACACGGAUAUGGCGCCGUGGGCGGGGUUUCGGUCCAAAGCGGUGUAAGAGCUGCGCCUAUUAGUACCGUCCUCACCGUCACAGCGGGCGCCUCCGCCUCCCUCUUGCUUCAUUCAUUCAUUUUUCACUACCUUCAUUCACCAAGAUAGUGAGGCCUAGUCGAAAGCCAUGGAGAGCGUUCUCCCAGCCGCCAGCUUCCUUUAUUGGGUGGGCGCGGGCACCGUGGCCUACGUGGUCCUGCGCGUCUCGUAUUCGCUGUUCACGGCCCUUCGGGUCUGGGGCGUGGGUAACGAGGCAGGGGUUGGCCCCGGGCUCGGUGAAUGGGCAGUUGUCACAGGUAGUACUGAUGGAAUUGGAAAAUCAUAUGCAGAAGAGUUAGCAAAGCGUGGAAUGAAGGUUGUCCUUAUCAGCAGAUCACAGGAUAAACUGAACCAGGUUUCCAGUGAAAUAAAAGAAAAAUUCAAAGUGGAGACAAGAACCAUUGCUGCUGACUUUGCAUCAGAAGAUAUUUAUGAUAAAAUUAAAACAGGCUUGGCUGGUCUUGAAAUUGGCGUCUUAGUGAACAAUGUGGGAAUGGCAUAUGAAUAUCCUGAAUACUUUCUGGACGUUCCUGACUUGGACAAUAUCAUCAAGAAACUGAUAAAUAUUAAUGUUCUUUCAGUUUGUAAGAUGACACGAUUGGUGCUGCCUGGCAUGGUAGAAAGAUCAAAAGGAGUGAUUCUGAACAUCUCAUCUGCCUCUGGCAUGUUUCCCGUCCCAUUGCUGACCGUCUACUCUGCAGCCAAGGCUUUUGUAGAUUUCUUCUCUCAGUGCCUCCACGAGGAGUAUAGGAGCAAGGGCAUCUUUGUGCAGUGUGUCCUGCCAUACUUCGUAGCCACAAAAAUGGCUAAAAUCCGGAAGCCAACUUUUGAUAAACCCUCUUCGGAGACGUUUGUGAAGUACGCAAUUAAAACAGUAGGCUUGCAAUCCCGGACCAAUGGAUACCCGAUCCAUUCUCUUAUGGGCUCAAUAUUCUCAAUCCUGCCUUCUUGGAUUUAUUUAAAAAUAGUCGUGGGUGUCCACAAGUCCAUACGGGCUCGCUUUCUGAAGAAAACCAAGAAGAACUAAGCAUUGAUAACUGCCUUGAGUAACUUGGCCACGUGCUCUACCUGUGCGUGUUCACCGCAAAGCACCCCACUGGUCUUUGAAAUCUGCAGCUGUCUUUUGAAUAGUUUCAAUACUGACAUGGCUAAAUAUUGUCUUAAUUGGGAGGAAAACAGAAGUUGUUUUUAGGAGUUUCUGACAUUUAUUCUGGCUACUACUACGAGUAAUUUUGAAGUUUAAUAUAAAUGCUCAUAUCAAAUGAAUAUAGAACUAAUAUUACCAAAAACACUUAAUAGGACAUGAUGAGAGCCAAUCACAGAAUGAUAGAGUCCAACAUAAAACUCAACAGUUUUAUCUGUUCCAAAAUGCCAUUGAUCAUUGUAUUUUCUCUGAAACUGAUUAUAAACGUAAUGUCUAGAUAUUCUUUUUCAUUUUUAACACUUUGAGGGAAUGGAGAUUAAUUGAUUUGCUUGGGGGAGGACACACUACAAUUUACAAAGAUCUCUAUAAAGUUUUCUAAAAGUAUGUUCCAGCUGGUACAUUUAUAUGGAACUAUUCUUUCUCAAAGGUAGCUAAUGAUGUAAAAAUAAUUGUGAAAUAUAGAGUUAUUUCUAACACAUAAAGCCUACUAAACUAUGCUUUCUUGUAAUACACAUUUCCUCUCAGUUUAAAUGUACAUAAAUACUGAAAGCUGCCUGGUACUAUGUAUAAAGGUAAAUGGACCGAAGUGUACCUCGAGACUGGCAGCUACCUACGGUGCCACGAAACCCUAACCCGAGAGUGACCUGCUUGGACUGCCAGCCGCCUUUGUUUCUGCACGGAACCAAUACUGCUCACAAAUGUGACACCGGCUAUUCCUGUAAAAGUAAUGAUAUCAUAGAAAUGGCAUGCUAUUGAAUGAAAAUACAUUUCUUUGGUGCUUGAAAUUAAGGCCAUAUUUAUACUGGCUUAGUAAGACUGACUUUUAUCCUGCUACAUAAUUUGUGUGGGGAAAGCACCAAAAAAGAAUUCAGUACUAUAGAAAAUAUGCAACACAGAAGGUUGGCUUUUACCUAGGCUAUGGUUCCUAGGCUCUGAGUUUUAAGCACCAGUAAAUUUAUCAAAGAAAUUUUUUUAAUUGGGGCUUUUAAGUGUUCCUGGCUUUUAAUUUUGCCAGCUAAGGACAUAAAACAAAAACAGGAAAAAAACCCAAACUACCAUCUGCUAUCAGCAUCAUUAUGUAAGAGAAAAUAUAUUUUAGCACCAAAAAUUAGCA